CUCCUCCACUCGGCGCCACAGAAAGGGUGCCAAGAAAAGGAAAAGAAAACCAUUUUUUUCCCUACCCAAAUCGAGGGCGUGUCCAGGUAAACAAGAGCGCGCGAGAGAGUGCGCGGCUCGGCGCCGAAGGAAUCCAUCGAGUUCGCCCCCAAGAAUUCGUGGGAGCUGCGGACAGGAGUGAGUUUUCGCCGCCGAUUCCGUCGCCGGCGACUGUGUCGGCAAGCGCCGAAGAUAUCGGAACUUGAGGCCCAAGAUGGAGCUCUGCACGGCAUGUAUCUGGACUUCAGCGCAGUGGUCUCAAACAGUAACUCCUAACAGACGAGCAUCAUACGAUGGAUUUGUGAGGUCAAUCUCCACAUCACCCCAAAGGAGAAGGCGAUCAACCCUCUGUGUCAUGAAUGCUGCAUCAACUAGUGCUCCAGUCUCAUCUCAAAGCGUAACCCAACUUCCACGCAGCAGCAGCUCAGGUCUCAAAAGUAUAUCCAGCAACAAAACCAGCAGUGCAAUGGAGCAACUUGAUAUUGAACGUGGUGUUUGUAUCCCAUUCCGAAAGUACACUCCAGAAAUGGUCAGGAAAAAGGUAUUGGAUUCAAGAGGCUCCAUACUAUCCCUCGCUAGUCGGGGAGUGGAGAUAAUUUGGAAACUCGGAUUUUACUGGUCAUCUCUAAUGUAUGAUUUCUUGGUUGGACGGGAUGAAGAAAUUGUUCCAUAUCGCGCCCGCCAGCUUCGCAAUCUUUUAUGUGAUCUGGGGCCAUCUUUCAUCAAAGCAGGACAGGUUCUAGCAAACAGGCCUGAUAUUAUUCGAGAGGAUUAUAUGAAUGAACUCUGCAUCUUGCAAGAUGAUGUUCCUCCAGUCCCUAACCAGGUGGCUUUUGCCAUAAUUGAGGAGGAACUUGGACAGCCUCUAGAGAGAUUGUUCAGCAAAAUUUCAUCAGAGACAAUAGCAGCUGCUAGUUUGGGCCAAGUUUACCGCGCCACACUAAGAGAAACUGGCGAGGAUGUUGCUAUUAAGGUUCAGAGACCAGGGAUUGAACCAAUAAUAUACCGAGACCUUUUUCUGUUCCGCACUUUGGCUUCAUUUUUGAAUGGGAUUAGUCUUCAGAAAUUAGGGUGCAACGCAGAGCUUAUUGUUGAUGAAUUUGGUGAAAAACUUUUGGAAGAACUUGAUUACACUCUUGAAGCUACAAAUAUCGAGGAUUUCCUAGAAAAUUUUAAGGAUGAUCCAACUGUUAAGAUACCUCAAGUGUACAAGCAGCUCUCAGGUUCUCGUGUUCUGGUGAUGGAGUGGAUAGAUGGAAUUAGAUGUACGAACCCACAGGCUAUAAAAGAAGCUGGAAUUGAUGUGGAAGGCUUUCUCACAGUUGGAGUAAGUGCUGCCUUGCGUCAGUUACUUGAAUUUGGUCUUUUCCAUGGAGAUCCACAUCCUGGAAAUAUUUUUGCAAUGCGUGAUGGUCGGAUUGCAUAUGUCGACUUUGGCAAUGUGGCCGUCCUUAGCCAGCAAAAUAAACAAAUCCUAAUCGAUGCUGUUGUUCAUGCUGUCAAUGAAGAUUACGCUGAAAUGGCAAAUGACUUCACUAGGCUGGGUUUCCUCGCUAGUGGAACAGAUGUAGCCCCAAUUAUUCCAGCUCUGGAAGCCAUUUGGCAAAACUCAGCUGGAAAAGGCUUGGCAGAUUUCAAUUUCCGGAGUGUGACUGGGAAGUUCAAUCAGCUCGUCUACAACUACCCAAUCCGCAUUCCAGAAAGGUUUUCCUUGGUUAUCCGUUCGUUGUUGACGCAAGAAGGAAUUUGCUUCACACUAAAGCCUGAUUUUAAGUUUCUUGAGGUUGCAUAUCCAUAUGUAGCAAAGCGUCUGUUGACAGAUCCAAACCCUGCUCUGAGAGAACGCCUGAUUCAGGUAUUAUUCAAAGAUGGGGCAUUCCAGUGGAAACGACUAGAAAACCUUAUAGUUCUUGCCAAGGAGAAUGUGUCCAAGAUGAGCAGCAAUCCUGCACUGAAAAAAAACAGUUCGCAAGCUGUGAGAAGUCAACAGCUGGAGAGCAAACUUGAUCUCACUGAAACAAUAAAGGACGGAGCACGGAUGUUCCUUAUCGAUGCUGGGAUCAGGAGACAACUUAUACUGGCUUUCACUGAAGACUCCAAGUUGCAUGUAGAAGAGCUUGUUGAUGUGUACAGACUGGUUGAAGAUCAAAUAGAUAUGCCUUCAGUUGCCCUCGAGGUUCUCCAAGAUCUGCCAUCUGUUGUGCGCGAUUUCAUGCUUUCUUGGAGUGACUCCAUCCUGUCAGAUCGCCGGUACUAAAUACUUUUAAUCACCCGCACAGCUAGCACAGAAAGCAGAGCGAACUUUAGACCCUGCAAGAUCAUGGUACCUCAAGACAAUCAUGGUACCUCAAGACAAUCUGCACAAACUACACAGGCAUUCCUCGCUGUAUACAAUUCGUUUUUCCUGUAAUUUUUGUAUAGCGAAAUCUGCAACGUUCAACUUCUUUCUUUUCUUAGAUCUUCUCAAUUUGUAUGUUCUUUGGAGCGCAAGGGAACUUGUAUAUAGAAUGAGCUUGUAAUUUUGAAUACAGUAGGUGUACAGAACCAGCUUACGAAUAUAUACAUCAGGAUCAACGUCUUUCUGUUGA